AUGAAGGGUGAGACUGAAGUUAGAGAGGCUUCGAAUGAGAGAAAUGCACUAUGCUACAGAGGUAUUGGGCAUGCAUUUCAUACAAUUUGCAGAGAAGAAAGUUUUUUGGGAUUGUAUAAAGGACUUGGAGCGACGCUGUUGGGUGUUGGGCCCAGUAUAGCAAUAAGCUUCUCAGUUUAUGAGGCUUUGAGGUCUUUUUGACAGUCUGAAAGGCCCAAUGAUUCGACUGUCAUGGUCAGUCUUGCAUGCGGCAGUCUUUCAGGCAUUGCCUCAUCAACAACAACAUUCCCUCUGGAUCUUGUGAGGCGAAGGAUGCAGUUGGAGGGGGUUGGUGGUCGAGUUCGCAUCUAUAAUACCGGCUUAGUUGGGACUUUUAAGCACAUAAUCCGGACUGAAGGCCUACGGGGCUUGUAUAGAGGGAUUCUGCCAGAAUAUUACAAGGUUGUCCCCAGUGUAGGCAUUGUCUUCAUGACUUACGAGACACUGAAAAUGCUUUUGUCGCGCAUCCAAGCAAGUGAUUCAUGCUUUUCUUUAGGUGUUUCUGGGAUUUCCAAUUCGGUUAUGUGCGCCAAAUGAGUG